AAAAAAGAUACCUACUAGUACGCAGAAGUGGUACACAGAAAUUGCCCUAUUUUUAGAAGAAUCACCUUUUUGGCGAUUGCACGAGAACAGAUGUCUCAGUUCUGUUCCGAACCUCAUUGAUUUGGAUAAUACCUCACAUCUUUCUCUUUUUGAAUUUGGAGAGGGUUGUCACGUUGUCACUUAGCUACAUCAAAGCAGCACCCAACAAAAUAACUGCGCAAGAAAAUCUUCCAGCAGACAUCGAAACAACGAGAGUAACAAAGAAGAAAGACAAGAUGGAAGAUCCCCACCACGACCGCGACGACCAACAAAAGAUACCUUCCUCCGACUCGGAAGCUUCUACAACAGAAGAAGGUUCCCACGGCAAAGAGGGCUUUGUGAUCUGUCAAGAUGAUAGUAGCAUCAUCGUUUCGGUGCCCCCACCUCCCACCAACAAGAAGAACAUUCUUCUGGCCUUGGGUAUCUGGACCGUGAUUGCGGCCCUCGUGAUUCUGCUACCCUUCGCACUGGUCCGUGAUGGCAAGUCGGGCGAGACUGCCGUCGAAACUACCACUUCUGCCGUGGUAUACGACACCUUUGAGUACACCCCCUUAGAUAAUGACCAGUGUCCCGGUCAUCUCGAGGACGAUGCUGGGAACGCCGAAGUUUCCGACAUUUGGGCUUUGGAUCUUGCCUUGGGACAGCGCGGGAUUGCGGACGAACGUACCUUCGACGUCGAGCCCAGCCAUGAACCGUGGGAGCAGGGUCCAGGAGUCGUCUUUCAUGUGGAAACGGUCACGGAAGCACUUCAAGAGGACUCGGCCAAGCCCAUUCUCACCAACGACGAAGUCAGGGACCAAGCUCAGCUAGAAGCCAGCCAGUACUAUCAGAAUGCCACAGCCGCUGCCACGGUGUACCCACCACCGCCCUUGCCCAAUGUGACCCUUGAAGCGCUCAGCAAGAACGAUAUCCCCUUGGUGUAUGCCGGUUCACAGGGAUUCUUGGCAGCCUGCAUGAUGGCCUUUGCGCAGCACUUGCCACUCGCACUGGCGCCCGAUCACCUCUGGACCAUUAUCGUGCAGGGAUUCGCUCAACAUGUGGACCAACAUGCCGAAGAACUCCGAGCCCGUUUUGUUGCCCAUGAAGGAAAAGCGGAAAUCGUCAUCAAGGAGAAUCGGCUCGUACCGGGAGAGACACCUGCCGACGAGUGGGAAGAAAUGAUAUUCCCAAAGUUUUCCAAGGCGAUUGGAGAGAACAUGAUCAACAAAGAAGCCCACGAAACCUUGGCGGGCAAGCACUUUAGCACUUCUACCGCCUCUAGCCAUGCCAGCUCUGAGAUUGCUCUCAUGGCAGCCUUCAAAGGCUACUUUGAGUACACCAUGGUCACCGCAUGUGGAAUCCCCCAAGUGCGACUUGAGGGAACGCGAGAUGAUUGGGUCGCGCUCCGUGAGAAUGCCGCCAAGUUGGCAAAGUGGAUGAUGCCGAACCACCCACAGGGAGAGCUCUGGAUCAACGACAUUGUCUUGCCCAUUCUCGAUGAGCUUGUCAAGUCUUAUGAUGGCAAUGUCAACUACUGCUUCUGGCAGACCAUGGUCAAGUUCCGUACUACCGGUGUUGGAUCUGGAACCUACGAGUUUCUGAGCGGGUGGCUCGCCACCCUGUUUCCAUAUUUGAGCCAAAAACCUGGAAAGAUGGAGCCCAAUCCUCACCUUCGUGGAUGGGAAGAGUCGGCCAGUGCUCUUUUGGAGGGACCCAAACCCAGUCACAUUCCAAGUCAGUUGUCUUCUGUUCCUGUAAACUGGGAGUACCUUGGCCAAUUGCUCCCUCUUCAUUUCCACGCUGGAUUUAGAGGAGUGACACAGGAAGAUGAUGGUACCCUCUCCCCUGUCAUGGGUUGGUACGUUACCAAUGAUCCCGCGAUCGCCGUCUAAUCAAUCAAACAAACCGAAUGGGAAAGAAACGGCCUCGAUUCAUGUCGAGCUUGCUAGCUUCUGAGCCAUUGACUGACUGACUGACUGACUGGCUGCAAGAUUUGUGCCGAAUCUGCCAGCGAUUCAGAACCUUUCGGAGCGCAAAAGUUGUAGGUUGUGUUUCCUUCGUCGAUAAGUGUUACAUUUAUUCUGCCAGGGAUGGCAGUACCGUUACCGGUACAUGUACUAGUACACUCCAGUUCAACUGUCAGUAUUGUAGCUUGUAUAACAUAACUACCGUAACUUGCAAGAGCUGGAUGAAUGAAGCAACCUCUCCCUAACCUGAGUCUCCGAAGGCAAAACCUUUUUUUAAGCUUUCGUUGCGCCCAAUUGUAUAAAUUUACGAUUCGAUUCCUCACAAUUUCAAUUUUUGAUCGUCACAAUUUCAAUUUUAAUUUAAUUUCCCGAAUCCUC